CACGCAGGCAACUCCUCGGCUAGCGCGCCAAACAGAGCUAGACGUAUCCUGGAAUGUAAACUUUAGCAAUACGUGCGUCGUUAUACAUAUUUUUUUCUGAACUGAGCAGUAUUCUUGGUCAGAAUACCACGCUCCCAACUUCACCCAACGUCUCUGUGUAACCAUGGGUUUGCUCGAGCGCUGUGAUGAGCUGUUUAAGACCUCCAACCUGUACGAAGUGCUCGGGACCACAAAGCACGCGACUGAAGCGGACAUACGCAAAGCCUACUACAAAGUGUCUCUCAGAAUUCACCCUGACCGGGCUCCAGACGACCCGCGGGCCACGGACAAGUUCCAGGUGCUGGGUAAAGUGUACGCAGUGUUGAGUGAUGAAGAGCAGAGGAAGGUGUACGAUGAGCAGGGCAUUGUGGAUGAGGAGACCGAUGCACUGAGCCAGGUCCGCUGCUGGGAAGAAUACUGGAGAGCCCUUUUCCCACAGAUAACAGUGCAAGAUAUAAUUGAAUUUAAGAAAAAAUACAAAGGCACAGAAGAAGAGCGUCAGGAUAUUCUUCAGUAUUAUGUGCGAUACAAGGGGGACAUGGACGCCAUCAUGGAGUCCGUUCUGUGCGGCUCUGCAGAUGACGAGCCGAGAAUCUCCAGCAUCAUCCAGGAUGCCAUUGAUAAUAAUGAAGUGGCUACAUUGUCUGCUUUCACUAAAGAAAGUGAAAAGAAGAAAAAGGCCAGAAGGAAGAGGGCUGACAAAGAGAGACAAGAAGCUGAGCAAAUGCAGAAAGAAAUGGGUCUUGGAGAUGAUGAUGAGAGUUUGACAAAGAUGAUUAAGCUAAGACAGGCAUCCAGUGUCAAGAACUUUAACAGUUUUCUGACUAACCUGGAAGAAAAAUAUGCUCCAAAAACUGGAAAAUCAAAAAAAGGAAAAAAGUAACAUCUGGUUCAAAAGGCCCUGAUGUUGAGGGGAAACAGCUACCAGAAACGGCAUUGCAGAUGUGGCAUCGCAUAUUGUCUUGUUCAUUUGUGCAAAAGAAAGUGGUCAUUCUGUAAAAUUUGUAUAAAAUUACAGUACUAAACGGAGCUUUAAA